CAAAUUUGAAGGGUAUUUCACCCUGAUUGCCCUUGCCAGCGGCCGCUUUUUCAGGAUCACCCUGAUUUUCAAAGGGUAUUUUUUUUGUGACACUUUCUCUAAACGUGAUUCAAGUACAACAAUGCAGUCACGGAGCUAUGGAUGUUCACAUCCACCAUGCACUCCCAGCAUCAUCAUGAGGACUUCUUCCAGGCGCUGAGCAACACGCUGCGUGACAGCAACUGGCAGCUCAGCUACCCCAACAUCAUGCUCAUUAGUAGUAGUAGUAGUAGUAGUAGUAGUAGUAGUAGUAGUAGUAGUAGUAGUAGUAGUAGUAGUAGUAGUAGUAGUAGUAGUAGUAGUAGUAGUAGUAGUAGUAGUAGUAGUAGUAGUAGUAGUAGUAGUAGUAGUAGUAGUAGUAGUAGUAGUAGUAGUAGUAGUUGACACAACCAGGGCUUACUUAGAUG